UACCCGCUGGGUGUGAAUCAGUGGCGCAGGAUGUCACAGCGGAGACUGUCCCGGAUCAGGCAUCAGCGAGGCAGCCUGCAUCGGGGUCCUCGGAGUCGGUGCUGUGCGUGUGACGCAGUCAGAGUGCGCGGACAGUGUGUACUGGUCGCACACUGAGCAUGUAAUGUAUUUGGCUGAGGGACAGGGCAGGUCACGUGUUACGGGAGCCCGGACUCGGAGACUGCAAUCCGGAAGCGGCCGUUGGAUCCAUAGCUCGGUACUCGGCAGCCAGGCACUGUCAGGACUCAGGAGUCGCAGCAGAGCACCGAGCAGGAGCGGGACUGGAGAUCCUCCUAUUAGCUGGCGGGAGGGGGCUGCGGGCUCCGGGGUGACACAGAGAUCGGUGACAGAUCACACACAGGAUGUCUACGGAGGCUCCCAGCAGUUUACUCUUCAACGUUACCUCCUUACCCGUCACUGCCUUCCCGACUUCAUCUAUGCUCCCGACGUCUGCCGCUGGCAAUGCCACCAACAUCUCCGUGCCACACUUCUGCCUGGUUAUCCUGUACGAAGACAUCGGGAGUUCCAAGUACGGAUCUCGCUCCCUGCUUAUGGGGUGAGAUAUUGGGAUCUCCUGCUCCUAAUUCCCAAUGUCCUUUUCUUUGCAUUCCUCCUCUGGAAGCUGCCGUCGGCCAGAGCUAAAAUCAGAGUCACGUCAAGUCCCAUUUUCACCACGUUCUACAUCCUGGUCUUUGUGGUGGCCCUUGUGGGGAUCACUCGAGCUGUUGUGUCGAUGACAGUGAGUUCUUCCAGUGUCGCUACUGUCACAGACAAGGUUCUGUGGGAAAUCACCAGGUUCUUCCUGCUCGCCAUAGAACUUAGCGUCAUCAUCUUGGGGCUGGCGUUUGGUCAUCUUGAAAGUAAAUCCAGUGUGAAGAGGGUCCUGGCGAUCACGGCAGUGCUGUCACUCGGCUAUUCUGUGACGCAGGGCACUUUGGAAAUCCUGUACCCCGACUCCCACCUCUCGGCAGAGGACUUUAACAUUUACGGACACGGUGGCCGACACUUCUGGCUCGCCAGCUCCUGCUUUUUCUUCCUGGUGUAUACAUUUGUGUCUAUACUACCCAAAACCCCACUGAGAGACCGCAUCUCGCUACCAUCUAGGAAGAGUUUCUACAUCUACGCUAUAAUCCUGGCUGUACUGAACAUGGUGCAGCUCAUUGGAAGUGCCCUGCUGUGUGCGGAUAUCAGUAAAGGGCUGUGCAUGGUCGAUAUGACAACAUUUUUGUACUUCAGCCUGUUCGCUCCACUGAUGUAUGUGGCAUUCCUGAAAAGCUUCUUCGGGUCUGAGCCCAAGAUCCUCUUCUCCUACAAAUCCCAAGUGGAUGAGCCGGAAGAUACAGACGUGCACCUCCCGCAUUCUUACGCCGUUGCCAGAAAAGAGGGUGUAGACACGGAAAUCUACUCCAACACCCAGAUCGACACCACGGCGUACCUAGAUGACGUUGCCUCAAUGCCGCACAUUGGGAGCAUCAAUAGCAUUGACAGUGAUCGAUGGAAAGCUAUAAACGCCUGAGUGUCGACAACUCAGUAGAGUCACAUAAGGCCGCGUGUCGGCUCAGGUCCGCUGAACUUUCUGUCUUUAGUUUCCCAAAUCUUGGUCUAAGAAAGACGUGGAUGUUCCUCAAAGUGCUACAGAAAAUCUUCAUUAGUAUUCUUUCUUUGAACAAAGCUCUUGUGUAGAAACUCGAGAGGAAAUAAGACCGACAACACCAGAGGUCUUCUACAAUGCUGCUAAGCCCUUGCACUUCUUAAUUGGGUUUAUGGGCUGGCAGCUCAUGUCUUGUUCUACCAGAAUGCCCUGUAUGGCAGAAGGCCCACAUGGGGGGGAUCUGUUAUUGAUGGGUGCUCUGCUCUGAUUAGCUGGCUAACUGGAGCCUUGCAUGUACCCUGUGUCCUUACUGUCCCUGGCCGCACCUGGGUUUCAUGUAUAACAGCAUCAGUAUUCACAUGGCUGCUAAAUGCUUUCUGCCAAGAGAACAUUGUCAGGUUCCCCCGGCAGGGAAGGGGACUCCCCGUACCCGGCUCUAUCCAGUACAACUCAGAUUGACCUGUGAAUCCGCUCUGUAGGAAUGAAUAUCCUGACAUCACAGCUGAAAUCAGUCACCAGUGAGAAUGCAGAUUAAAAUACACAGAUUCUGAACACCUUGCAAACCUAAAUAAUUGAUCACACGGAGCUCUUGUUAAAUAUUUAAAUGUGUAACACUCCUCGACUGGUCAGAAAAGAGAGAGCAAUUCCUGUGAACACCCGGAACUUUACUAUCUGGUUAUGUCAUCUGUUUACAGGAACGUCACUGUAGCAACGCCGGAUCGUGCGUCAUCGCCAGUUUGCAGAUUGAACUAACAUUCACAAGAUUGCAACCUGUCGACUAAGAACUAGUGACAUCACCGGCGUAUGAGUCACACGGUGCUGCGGCGAUGUCACAAGAUCCUAAUGAAUCCAUAGGCUGAGAAUUGGCCACACCCACUAUAUCGCUGUCGACUUAAUGUUCGGUGGGUACGCUGUCUUAGAAAAGAUGGAAAGCCCCAGCCACGCUGCAGUAUUUAUUAUGAUUGGCUGGUGGUCUCGUUGAAGGGUAGAACAUGGGCACAGAAGGCACUUAAGGAAUAGCUAGUACUGUUAUCUGUAUACAUCCUACACUGUGGUGCCCCCUUCAGGGUACGCCACGCUGUUGCACGCCUCGACCAGUGAUAAACAUCCCAUACUGGAGAAAACUAUAGCUGUGCUAGAACUCCGCAUAUCCGUAUCCACUCAACAAACCGCCUCGUGGGCGUAAAUUACAUUUCUUCUGUAUAUUAAGUAGAAAAUUAUUUUGACUUAAAGAAGUAGCAAUACUGCCGAAUCACUUAUUUUAUUAUUUAAUUGGUAUAGUAAUGUCCUUAUUUUAUGCUUUUUCUUGAUUGCAAUCUUGCGACGUGUUUUGAAGUCUCCAUCUGUGUAUCACAGAUUGUACGAUUGCUGGGAUCUGUCACAAAGAUGCCCAACUAGAGGGUAAGAUGAGCCCCUAGAGUUUAUUUCUGUGUGCGCGGCCCGCGGCUUUCCAUAGUUCCCGCACGCACAGCCCUUUCCCUUUAAAUCAUCAUCAUCAUUAUUAUUAUUUUUUUUAAUGGGGUCCAGUAUUGAAUAUCCCGCGAUAUUAUGAUGUUGUUCAGAAAUCUUUGCCGUCACGGAUUUGGUAAAAGUUCUACCAAGUCUCGGUUAUCUGAGGCCUUUGUGACUGUCCAUUCCUUUUCUAAGUAACUGGUGUAAUGGAGAGGGAAGGAGACUACAGUAUGGGGGACACUGGCACAGGGGAGCUGACAUUGGGGUAUAUUUUUUUGGGUUCAGUAUCACAAGCUACAGUUCCUGCCCUGGAAGGUAUAGUCUUGCAAUUCUGUGUGUGCUUUAGGAUUUAUUGCAAACUCCCUUUUCCUGACUGCUUAUAUCAGGCAUGUCCAGACUGCGGCCCUCCAGCUGUUGAGAGACUACACAUCCCAGCAUGCCCUGACACAGCUUUAGCAUUCUCUG